GUUUUAGUUCGUGCACCUUAUGAAAAAGCUAUGAGACAAUACGAGCUUUUACAUUAUGAUGUUUGUCACAAUGUGUACCAACAUAAAUAAAAUGAAACGCAUUGAGAAUUGUUGUUCACAGUUUUUCAAAUGAUUCCAUCUUGGCUUCCAGUUGUAAGAGCUUCCGCUAUCGGUUGGACACCACUGCUUCAAAGUAGAUUGCCUGAUGAGCCUUUGAUCACUAACAAAAAGUAUAUAAAGGAUCGAAAGAUAGUAAUUAAUGUAAGUGGACGGAGAUUUGAGACUCGCAAAUCCACGCUCGAGAAAUUUCCUGACACACUGCUUGGUUCUGAUGAGAAAGAUUAUUUUCAAGAUCCGGUUUCAAAAGAAUAUUUUUUCGAUAGAGAUCCGGAGCUCUUCCGUUACAUUAUGGAAUAUUAUCGAUCAGAGAGGCUUCAUCUACCAAAGGAUUAUUGUGUGACUGCUUAUCAUGAAGAAUUGUUGUAUUUCGGUAUCAUGCCAGAAAUCAUGGGAGAUUGCUGCUAUGAAGAAUAUCUUGACAAAUACAGGGAAAAUAAGGAAAGGCAGCAGGAAGAUAAGGAGGUUGUGUCAGAAGAGGAGCAACUAUCAACAAACUUUAGAGACAGGUUAUGGCGCGCAUUUGAAAAUCCGCAGGCUUCAACACUAGCAGUCGUGCUUUAUUACGUGACGGGAUUCUUUAUAGCUGUUUCAGUACUGGCUAAUAUAACAGAGACUGUUUCUUGUGGCAUCAGUGUUGAAACUGGAGAUAAUAUUCCUUGUGGAGAAAAGUAUAACGCCGCAUUCUUUUGUUUGGACACCGCUUGUGUACUUUUAUUUACAAUCGAGUAUUUAGCAAGGCUGUAUGCAGCUCCUGCAAAAUGCAAAUUUAUUAGAUCUGUUAUGUCAAUCAUCGAUAUAGCUGCAGUUUUUCCUUAUUAUGUUGGACUUUUUAUGUCUAAUAACAAGGAAUUUUCAGGUGCUUUCACAACUUUGCGAGUGUUUCGAGUUUGUCGUAUUUUCAAAUUUUCGAGACACAGUAAAGGAUUGAGGAUAUUAGGUUGCACAUUGCGUUGCUGCGCCUCUGAAUUAGGUUUUCUUCUAUUCACGAUAACAAUGGGCGUCAUUAUCUUUUCAACGAUAAUAUUUUAUGCAGAAAAGUCGGAAAUAUCACAGUUUAGUAGCAUUCCAGCAGCAUUUUGGUACACGAUUGUCACAAUGACUACUUUGGGAUAUGGAGAUAUUGUACCAACUACAAUUAUUGGAAAAAUAGUUGGCGGUAUUUGUUCACUUUCUGGUGUACUUGUUAUCGCCUUACCAGUCCCUGUGAUUGUUUCACAUUUUGCCAGGAUAUAUCAGCAAAAUCAACGAACUGAUAAACGAGAAGCUCAAAAAAAGGCGAGAUUAUCUCGUUUAACAGAAAUGAAAGCUGUUGCAGAGAAUGCAUUCUCUGAAGGUAGAAAACGAUAUAAAAAUAGGAAACUAUUGGAGCAUCAUAAAUCAAAUGUAAAUGUGAUAAUAAAUAAAGAUAAUACACAAGAAGUAAACGAUAUUGUACAAAAUGAUGAAAUGAAUAAUAUUCAACUUCUUGAGUUGAAAAAGUACAAAGCUGAUGAAGUACAACAAGAAAAAGAUGUAGAAAUGUUCCAUAGGCAUGAAGUAGAACAUAUACAGAAAAUGGACCAUGCAGGAGGAGAACGAAAUGUUUCAACUGAAGAGGAUAAUGAAGAUGUUCAUGAUUUAUUUGAACAACAGUACUAUCAUCUAAUUGACUGUUUGCAACAAACAACUGGUCUAGAAGUUACUGAAUUUAAUAAACUGACAUCAAGUGGAAAUAACAAUCGAGUAACAAAUAUUAAAUUGAACACCAGUGGAAAAAAUGUACAAAAGCCUAAAUCUUUUAACAGUACAAGUAAUUCGGGUGAAUUACAAAGUCAACCAAUAAACAUGGUACCAGUGCGACGUAAAUUGAUGCUACCACGUUUACGUCGAUUUUCAACAUGUUGUCAUCGGAGAAGACGUUAUAUGGACAGAGAUCGAACUAAACUAUCAUCAUCCAAUGCUGGACAAACUCUUUCCUCCAAUCCACAUCCUGAUCAUAAUUCAUCGAAAUACCCUUUGGUAUCGGUCAAUAAAGCCAACAGUGAAGAAAUUAUUACAUCACAGACCGACUACAGGCUUCCACUUCAUCUGAAAGAUGAUAGCUCAAAUUAUUUCAGUUCUGUAUUGAAAAUCCACUUGGAAUUUAUUUACCAAAUCAACAUCUGGCAAUGAUGAUGAUGAUAAGGAUAUAGAAUGUGCUGGUCAACAGAUAAUGUAUUCAUUUCCUUUCUGUAUAGCAUUAUAUAUAUAUAUAUAUAUAUAUAUAUAUAUAUAUAUAUAUAUAUAUAUAGAUAGAUUGUUUUCUAAUUAUUCUCUAAUUUAAUAUAUCGAGGAUUAUUUAGUUUAUUUUUUAAUAAAUUCAUCUACCUACCUACCUACCUGCAUACUUACUUAAUUUAACAUGGAUCAUUUGAUAAUGAACACGUUCACUAGUAAAGAUCAUUCAAUCAUUAUCUAUAUGUGUAUAUUGAUCAUUUCGUCUCAAUCAACCAGUAUAUCCAUUCUAGUCAUUUACACACACUUCUUUUUUUUUUUAAAUCAAUAAUGCAGAUAUAAUACAUUUAUGUAUUCUUUUCUCUCUUCAUAUUGUUAUUAUAUUUUUUUCAACAUAGAAUUUUGAUAGUUUAUUGAUAAAUUUGAAAAAACAAACAAAAAUAAUGAAACAAUAUUACACACAAAAAAAGGGGAAAACAAACAAACAAAAACUAUGCUCAUUGUUUUCCAUUGAAAUUGGAUCCGACUUAUUGAUUAAGAACUAUUGAUGUUCUACACACUAUUAAACAUCCAUCUAUUUAUAUAUAUAUAUAUAACUUCUUUUCUAACAAGAUUUUUCUACCUAUGCAACAAUAAAUAUAGAAAUAUAAGCUGUAUAAUUACUCGCUAACCUUAUAUAGAUAGAUUGUGUUUUUUCUUUGUUCUCUAUAUAUAGUAAUCGUAUUAAAAGAAUAAUUAUUUAUUUU